UAUUAAUAGGUACUAACCAGAGUCACUGACAGUACCUCGAAUAGGUAACUCUAGUUGCUAGGUAACUGAAUGUAACCAUGGCAUACCUAGCCAGAAUAAGACCGGUUCAGGCGACACUGCGCGGUGUCGCGCUGGUGCCCGCACGUGGAGACAAAUGGUACAUUGAUCCAGAGGAGGAGCGACAGUACAACGCUCCCUUCCAUCUCAAAUGGAGUCAGAGCUGGCCCCUAUCUACGGGACCCUCCUGGCAGAGUCACACCUUUAUGAACAAGAACAGCAUGUACCCUCGCAUGCCUUACUACCACAGAUCACUGAAGAACCCUUACGUUAAAUACGAUACUGGUAUUGGAAUGAGGAAGAACUUCGGAGAGACAUAUCACAUUCUGGAGGAGUGGCUGACUCCCCAAGGCUCGGAGUGGGUCAGGGAAAAUGGUCAGAGCAACUCUUUCUCCGGAACUUUCGACCUUGUCCUUAUGUUCGUCGUUCUGUGGUUCACGCUCAAGUUUAUCGACUACCUCGACAAAGAAUAUUGUAUCAGUUUGUAUGCGAAGAAAGUGUACCCCUUCGAUAACCUGUGGACAGAGAGUGGCGGUAAUCCGUUGGUGCCCAGCGAGAAGAGACCUUAUAUGUUCUCCCAUAUCCCUGUUCUUGCCCCUGAAGCUGGUCUACAGAAAUGCUGAGAGAAAACUUUUGUUAAAUAAGUUAUUAAUUAAUUUGUAAUUAGCAAAGUUAGUUACCAUUAGUUACGGGUGGGAGAAAUACGGUUUUAUAUUAAUCCACCUUACACAGUGCAUAGGUUUUGAGUACUGCACUAAGAAAUUAUUAGCGAAUUAGCUCAUAAUACUGAAUGUACACAUUGACUGCGUAAUGAAUAGCGUAAUUGGUUUCAUAUGCCCUGUUCUAUUGUUUGGAAUGGCAGUUAAAUUAUUAAAUAUCAUGAGGCAGGUCACAUGUCACUUCUUCACUAAUUGUUCUUCUAGGAAACUAUCUGAAGUGUGUGUCUAAAUCGAGAAGCUUUUUAAUUGAGUCACACUUCAUAAAUACAUCACCUUUAUCUUAGAGAUGAUUAUGUUAUUGUGCGAUGUGAAAUCCCAAUUAAUAUCAAAACGAA